AUAGUACACGUUCUAGCGAUCAAGGAUAGCGGACACUCAUCUACUUUCGCUGCCAGUACUCCCCCGAUUAGUUUGUUGUGAUUUUGUACCGCGGUGUUUUUCAAGCGAAAGGGAGAAAUGGUUAUCGUUGAACACCCUCGCCCGCUCGCUAUGCGGGAUCUCUACUACCUAGCGGCGGCUAGGCGAGCGAUGUGCCCGAGCUUCCCCGUGCCUAAGCCUCAUCCACAGGUCUUCGAUCAGGUCUUCGACAGCCGCCACCGCCUGGCCAUGGGGUGCAACGACAACGCCGUGCCGUCUGACAUGACCGAGGUCGACUACCAGAAGAAAUGCAUUUACGAGGUCAAGGACCCCGAACGGGACCCCGCGAGCACGGAGCCGAGGUCGGUGACGUCACUACCAGGCAACCUCCGAUUCAAGCGCCGGAAUGAACAGGUGGUCGGUGUCCUAGCAGAUGAGUACAUACCAAAAGGUACGCGGUUCGGACCCCUAGCUGGAAAGAUUUACAGGGAGGAGGAGGUGCCUGAAGAUGCCAACAAGAAAUACUUUUGGAGGAUUUACAAUGGCCAGAAGUUCGUCCACUACAUUGACGGUUUCAACAAGAAGCGAAGCAACUGGAUGCAGUACGUCAGCCCCGCCGGAGCUUCGGCGGAACAGAACAUCGUUGCCUGCCAGUACAAGACCGAUAUUUUCUUCUACACUACGAAAGCUGUCGAGCCGGGCCAGGAGCUGUUCGUGUGGUAUUGUACCGAGUUCGCUAAGCGCCUCGAGAAACCAGUUGUCGCCUCCAGAGCUAGUCCAGUUAUGAAGAGAGAACCCGCCGUUCCUGUCCCUGCUCCUUCAGAGGAUGUUCUCGACUUCAGUCGUCGUCCACACCAACUGUCUUCCACAGUCAAUGAUGUCAAGUCUUCCUUUCCAAUGUCUUCAAGCCUUGCCAGAAGUUCUUCCGACCACCUUGCUGCUGAGGCCGGAGUCAGUAAGACCUUGUACCCCAGCCUUCCACCCACCUUCGCCUUCAGCCACCGGGUUGGAUGCAGCCCACCGGGUACGGACAUCAAACAGGAGCCACCAAGUCCAACGUCCACUUCCCCUAUGGGCAGUUCAACCCUGUUGCCGACCCAACCAGCCAUUCCUAUGUCAAGGAUGUACCCGACCAGUGGUGCUCCGGUUGUUGUACCAUUACCUAUGUAUGGCCUGUCACCAAACUACAUCAGUACUGCAGGUGGUCUCACAUUGCUUGCCUCACAGCCCAUCUACUCUAUGCCGUCCAGCAGAAUGAUGGAUUCUCGCUCUUUGGAACUGACCAAGAAUCGCCACAUACAGCCCAAGCCUCUUUUAAAUCGACCACUUGCAGAUUCCAAUGGCUAUCUUUCAGAACACGAAGCCAGCAUGAAGCAAGAUGUUUCCAGGCGGGUCAGGCGCAGCAGUAACCCGAACUACGGCCAUCGUGCUCUUGGCUACGAGCUUCCACGCCGCAACGGCAAGAUUGUCUACGAAUGCAAUGUCUGCAAGAGGGAAUUCGGGCAGUUGUCGAACCUCAAGGUCCACCUCCGCGUCCACACCGGCGAGAAACCCUUCUCCUGCGAUCUUUGCGGGAAGGGCUUCACACAGUUCGCUCAUCUUCAGAAGCAUCAUCUCGUUCACACAGGGGAGAAGCCACAUUGCUGUCACGUCUGCGAGAAGCGGUUUAGCAGCACCAGCAACCUCAAGACCCACAUGCGACUCCACAGUGGGGACAAGCCCUACAACUGCAAGGAGUGCCCGGCCAAGUUCAACCAACAAGUCCAUCUCAGGCUGCACAAGAAGGCACAUCUUGAAGGCAACGUCGAACUCUUCAUGGACUUCAGCGACGAUGCUGACACCCCAAGCACCGAUGGGUCCGUCAUCGCUGGUCUUCAAGAUCACCUGGCCAGCACUGAGGUCACCGACUAUUUCGGGAAUACCGAUGUGACGUCCCCUAGCAGUCGAGAUCGUCUCGACGAUGAUGAGGAGGACGACGAAGGCAAGUUGAUCAUCCAAGAGAAUGGGAGAUCGCUGGAAACAUCACCCAUGGGCUACAUGUUUCGAUCUGAUGCCAUGGACGAAACGUCUCAAGAACUCUGCGACUCCCCCUCGACUGGAAUAAUCGCGUCCAGCUGCAACGGCGUAGAAGACGACGCGAUGGAAGUCACUAAAACCGACCAAGACCAAUCAGCAGCCUUUGAGAGCAAAGACAACGUUGCCCUUCCCUUGCUAUCUGAACUCCCUGAAGCAUCAUCUCAUGCAAUCAAAAGAUCCCAUCCUGAACUGGAGUUCGGAUCAAGAAGCAAGUUAUCCAAGUCCAAUCCUGCCCUCAAACUCGAGAACGUCGUCCAGAAGAUCCUCAAUCGUACGAACAAAUCAUAGAACUUCUUCUUAAGUCGAACAAUUUUGAUUUUAUCAGGGUGCUCGCUUUGGCUAGUAAAUGUUAAAUUACCAACAUAAGAAAAAUGCUCAAGCUUGAAUCUUGGUUUUCCGACUUGUUUAAUGUAUUAUGGAUUUGCGAUCAGACUUGAAUAGACAAUCAGGAAAAUAAGCAAUUUGGAUGCUACGAACAAUGUCAGCUCAGAAACAAGCAUAAUAAUAUUAGUCAACAGACUCAUAAUAUUUUGUUCGAAAGAACGCAUUUGUAUAUAUAUUGAAUAUUGCCAACUGUACGAUAGGUGUAUGAAUAAAUAUUAAUCAUACUGAAAUCAUUACGCCAAAAUAAGCCGAUUAUGACUAUCAAUGAGUUAGUGCCAUAUUCUGCCGAAUCAUCUUUAUUUUGUAUAAAUUAUUCUCUAUUGAUCAUAGCUAAAAUAAGAAUAAUACUAUUUUUGUCAAAUUAAUGAUUGAAAUUUGGACAUGCUCUGAAUGUUACUAUUUUACCUGUGAUUUCAAAUCAGUUCACAUGAGUUAAUUACCGAUUUGAAUACCUCUAUAAGACUUUCCGCAUCGAACGGAUUCUCUGUAUUCAACUUUCAUCUUGAAAAGUUAAAUUAUAUAUGUGUCUUUCAAAAAUGAUCUGUGUUAACAUUCAUGUAAUUAUGUAAAGAGCAGGAGUUUUCUGCUUCUUUUGCUUUGGAGAAAAUUGAUUUAAUUAUGAUGUGAUUGCAGAAUGUUUUCUGAAGUUUUAAACGUUUAUUAUAGUCUACCGAGGUCUACCGAUGUAAUAUUAUUGUCUUUCAAACCAGGAAGUCACAAGCAAUUAUGAAAUUGUCUUUCGCUGUAUAACUGUCUGAUCUGUAGAAGUUGUAGGAUUACUCAAUACAAUGGAUGUAAAACGUGAUCAGAAAGAAUUUCAAGAAAUUUAGAUUUAAACAAUAUCAAUAUCCUUGUUCGUAACCCUUUGAAACGUGCGAAUAUCGCAAAGACAAAUAGCAUUAUGUGAAUAUGAUUUUCAAAUAAUAUGCAUAAGGGUAUUUAAAUGACCCUUGAGUCGAUUUCUUGAAGGCCUUUGCGAUCAUGAUGUAAGUUAGAGUAUAUAAUUUAAUCAAGAGUGCCAAAACAUGCAGUAGCGGGGUAGCGAUACAUUGCGGCCCGAAUUCACAAAGGACGUUUGUCGACAAACCUAGUUUUAUGUGCGUCACAAUUAUGACGCGUAUCGACGCGUUUUUACAAACCAAGGGGUCUGUAUGCCCCCCCUCAUUCCAGUAUCAUAUUAUAAUCAUGUGCACAAAUGUAAUGCUCGACCGUCAGCUUGCCGUGGUGAAUGAAAUAUUAAUCAAUUAACUAAUUAGUAUUGAUAUCAAGAUAUUUUCUAAACUAGACACUAGCGAAACUUUUAUGAUUCGAACCUUAGUAUUCAGUUAUUUAUUAAUGAUAGUCACAGGCAAGGUAAUUCAAAAUAGGAUGUGUAUUCUCACGUGGUCUUACUAUAUUUAAGAUAAAUGUUAUUGUUAGAAGAAUAGUUUAUUUUCUAUGUAUAUAUAUGUGAUGUUCUUUAAUACAACUCAUGGGAUAAUAGCAGUGUGCCUAGCAGUGCAAGGCGUUUACGUACAUUAGAUCUUCCAACAGGAUUGUGCCUUAUAUUGAUGACAUUUUUUUGUAUAAAAUUGAAAGUGACAUUUUUGCCAAUAAAAAUUAUGUUUAUGUCAACAGUG